AUGAGCGGAGUCAUCCCGGAGAUCAAUGACUCCUCCGAGAUACCCUAUUGCAUCUGGUACCCGGAGCCUCCGCCCCAGGAGACCCUGCGCAAUCUAGUGAAGCGUUAUCCCAACAUGAUAUAUCACGCUGCUCGCGCCUGUGCCGUGGCGGGAUAUUUUAAUCUUUACUCGGAGCUUCAGGUUCUUCCCGAGGUUUAUAUUGCCGCCGAAGCUCGCGACGCUAGCCUAGCAAGGAGGAACAAAGGCAGCGAAGCAAUAUACGAGCAAAUAAUGUCGAAGCAUUUGAAGUUCGAGAUAAUGAAUGAUUAUGAUCGAUCCGUCAAUCUUGAAAACCCGCGUCCGGCACAUCUAAAUGGAGAUACGGCGGUUUAUUCCGAUCUUACUGCCCAUAUGUGUCAUGCAGGAGUGGACAACAGCAGUAAGUUUGGCGUCAAUCUUGUUGACUACAUCGAGUGGGAUCUGGAAGAGUACAAUACGUAUAGCCACUUCAAUAUCACUGAGGACUUGGGAGUCGACGAUUAUAGUUGCGGUGCGCCUGAGCCUUUGGCUAGCUUUUGGCCACUUCUGUGUUCGCCUCUUCCGACAGACCUUCCACCAGUGAAUAAAGACAACCUGAUCCUACCGGCUGCAUAUACAGGUAACGUGGAUCGAUAUGUACGCCUUCGACGCCCACAGAUGAUCGAACAAGAAUUCCACGCAAUCAUUCUGGGGAUAUACCAUUACCCCCUUUGGGCGCGAUGGUGGAGCACACAGGUGCCGGAGGUUCCCGAAAGCAGAGAGGAGGUAUCAAUACGGUGCGCAGUUAAUGUUCGACGCAUUAUCAGUGACGAUAUCACUUGUAUUACACCUGAUACCCCAGAAUCGCUGGUUCCUUGCAGAAUCUGGUGGCCUAGUGUUGCUUCUCCGGUGACCUAUGUGCGUCUCGCACAGAAAAGGCCUGAUAUGAUAGAUUCUUGUCUACGAGCAUGUAUUGUCGCAAAUUACGAAGAGGCGUGGGAUGGUUUUGCUCGGGUCAUCCGAUACCCCGAACGAUCCCAAAAUCACUCGACUUUCUAA